AUGGCGCUGGAUAGGGCGCUCGCGACGCGCGCGCGCGCGAGCGGGGCGUCGACGUCGACGUCGACGCGCGACGCGAGCGGACGGCGACCGGGACCCGGCGCGCGAGGACGGCCGGCGAAGGGGCGCGGACGGGGGAAGACGACGACGAACGCGGUUUUCGACGCCUUGAAGUUUGACCCGGACAGAGUGUCGGUGGCGUUCGACGCGAGCUCGACGCGGGUGGAACCGGAGUCUUUAUUGCAGCGGCGUUACACGCUGACGCACAACGAUGUGACGAGGAAUUUGACGCUCACGGUAGGCGACGCGUUCAACGACGAUCAAACGUCGAUAUGGUACACGAGAUUGCUCAGAGACGAGGUGCUCGCGGAGUGGCGCGAGGACGGCUUGCACGUGUUUUGUCAGGUGAGCGCGAAGGAGGCUUGGUGGAUACGAUGGGCGGCGCCCCUUCGUUCGGUCGUGUUUCGUCAAAAAUUACCGUUGGUGUUAGAUACGUUGCGUUACGCCGAGAGAGAGCUACUGGCGACGUAUCCAGAGUUGUUUGACAGUCCGGUGUACGUCAACUUUGGCUCCGCGGACGGACCGGGGGACAAGGAGUAUUGGGGAGAUUUCAGAACGGCUGGAUCGGAAGAGACGCGAUCGAGUCGAGUGACGUGCGCGGAUGGUGCAGGACUGGAUCCCAGAAUAGCAGACAAUGUUAGAAACACGAUAAUCACAGGGCGUGGUUCUCGCGUCGAGGUCGGCGGAGUGAUUUUGGAAAACUCCCCAGCGCCUCCUCGCUAG